AGUGGUGUAGGUCCUGUAUACCACAGGGUUUCUUCUUGUGUUUCUAUGAUCUUUCGCAUAUUUUCUUCCAAGACCAUUACUGCUGGCUCACUCUCAUCUGUUACAGUUUCAGAGAAACGAUAAACUUUGUGAAAUGACCGGGCAAGCUUUUCUCUGGCUCCAGCGAUGACUCUUCCCCAAAGUCACCGCCGCCUCUCCACCUGCCGCCGUCACGUAGCCGAACCUGUCACCGGCUUCUGCGCCUCUUGCCUCCGAGAACGCCUGGCUGGCAUUGAUUCCGAUACCCACCAUGAAACCCCUGCCUCCAUCAUCUCUUCCACCGACCUACGCCGCAGCAAAUCGUACUCUGCAACCCGCGCUGGGAACCAUGAGGGCUCCUCCGUUGCCGAGCCGCGCCGGAAAUCAUGCGACGUUGGAUCGGGGAACACUCUCUCCGAUCUCUUCAGCCUCGACGAUAAACGAAGGAGAUUUAGAGUGUCAAAUUUAGCGGUUGAAUUCAAAGAAAUCGAGGAGAAUGAUGAAGAAAUUAGGGUUUCUGAGGAUAUCAAUCAAGUGGAAAAUGCGAGGGCUUUAAAUGAAGUCGAUGUGCACGAUGAUUUUGAAGAGGACGGAGAGUCCAAGACCAUGAAGGAAUUUAUAGAUCUUGAAUGGAACAGCAAGAACAAAAGAAAAGAUUUUAGGGAAAUCACUGGGCACUUUUUGGGUGUGGCUUCAAUAUUCAGCAAAAAAGUGAGGAAAUGGAGGCAAAAGCAGAAGAGUAAACAGCAGCAUAACCAUGAUAGUCUGGUAGAAGUUGAAAAGGCGAGUGUGAGUGUAAACCAGUUCAGAGAGACACGAUCGGAAAUUGGAGAGAAUGGUUUUGGGAGGAGAUCUUGCGAUACUGACCCGAGAUUCUCCCUUGAUCUGGCACGAAUAUCGUUUGAUGAGCCUAGGGCGUCCUGGGAUGGGUGUUUGAUCGGCAAAACAUAUCCUAGACUUACACCAUUGGUCCCAGUUGAAGAGAAGGCGAAUUUGAGCAGUGAAGGGGAGAAGAGCCCUGGUGGGACUGCGCAGACUAAAGACUACUAUGAGGAUUCGCUGAAUCCACAGAGGCGGAGAAGGAGCUUUGAUCAUUCUGGAACGAGCAGGAGAGUGGGAUUGGAAGAAGUUGCCAUUGUCAAUCCUGUGCCCAACGCUAAGAUGUCACCUGAAACUGUGGGAUUGUUUCAUGGUGCUAAGUUGUUAGUUACAGAAAAAGAGUUGAGGGAUUCGAAUUGGUACUCUUUCCAAGAUUAUUGCACAGAGAGUGCCAAGACUGCUGUCCAUGAUGUUGGUUCUUGUGUUGGCGAAGAUGGAUUCAACCACAAGAAGCGGCGGAAGUGGCUUAAUUUACGCAGCAUUUGGGGUUUGAUGCGUAGGAGUGAAAGUAAAUGUGACCACGAAGCAAAGGGUGUUGAAGGAACUGUGGCUGAUGAGUCAUUAGCUGAGUCUUGGCAGAAGUUGAGGAGGGUGGCUAAUGGAGAAGCAAAUGAGUCUUUCAGUGAUAAGCUUAUGCGCAGCUAUAGUGUAAGCACCAGAAACCUCUGUAAAUUAGAGGGAACCGGGAGUAGUACAGAGACGAAAGACAAACAAGAUGACCUCAUACUUCAGCGAAACAGAAGUUCCAGGUACUCUCCUAACACUCUUGACAAUGGUCUAUUAAGGUUCUAUUUAACACCAUUGAGGGGUGCUGGAAGGAGCAAAUCUGGUAACAGUAGUUUAAAGGACUUACAAUCAAUGGCAAGGGAUGUGUUGUAAGGAACCAAUAAUUGUUCUUAAAUGGGAUACCAUGCUGGGAGACAUGUGCUUCUCUCCUUAAUAUGUAAGCUAAAAUCACACAUGUUGUUAUGUUCUCUCUUGUAAUAAAGCGCCAUAGAAGUUGGCAAUGUUUUAGCUUGUGCUGUUUAUGUUUUGUGAAUGAAAUGAAAUAGUGUGGCAUCUCCUUCCAAGUCAA